CCAGGGCAAGACGGGCACCGCGUUGAACUUGUUACACGGCCUUGGUUCUUGUUCACAGUCGCAGUGUGCGAUGUUACAUGCUUGGGUAUGUGGAUUACCGUGGAAUUACGGAAUUGUGGAGUAUUAAGCGCACCGUAGGAGGUAGCGUUUGAUACCGAGAAAGUCGUUACAACCUUCGUCUAAGGCCUGCUGCCAUGUCUCUACGCGGCUGGGUGGACGACCAGCUGCACGAGGUGCUCGGCCUCUCAGACAAGUAUGUCAGCCAGUUCCUGAUCGAGCUGGCGCAGCGCAGCGGCUCGGCUGACCAGCUGCUGGACAAGAUCCGUGACACGGGCACCAUCGACGUCGACGAGCGGGUGGCGGCGUUUGCGCGUCAGCUGCAUGGUCGCGUGCCGCGCGCCGCCGCCGCGCCGCCGCCGCAGCGCGCCCGCGAAGCGGCGCUGGCCGACGUGUACCGCCGCAACCAGCAGUACCGCCUGCUCUCCGACGAUGACGAAGACGAGGAGGCGGGUGCGGCUGCCACGACAGCCAAGCCCGCCAAGCGUAGGAAGCAUAUCAGGAAGCGGAAGACGUCGUCCAGCUCUGACUCGGCUCCCGACGAUCGGCCGCAGGGUGGCGCUAGCGGCGCGCCGCAGGAUGGCGCUACCAGCUCCGAAGACGAGCUGGAGCGUGAGGAGAAGGAGCGCAUCAAGGAUCUGGCCGAACGGGACGCUUUCUCCGAGAGAAUAAAAAAACGGGACAAGGACAAGACCAGGAAAGUCGCAGAAAAAUCAGACAAACGCGGCUUCGAAGAGGCCGCCAAGCGGCUGCGCCUGGAGGCCGAGGACCGCGCCAAGGCGGUGCCUAAGCUGCGCGUCGAGUCGCGCCGUAAGUACCUCUCCAAGCGCAAGGAGGACAAGAUGACGGAGCUGGAGGCCGACAUCGCCGACGACGAAUACCUGUUCGACGCGUCGCAGCUGACCGAGCGCGAACGCCGCGAGCGCGACUACAAGAAGCGCGUGCUGGCGCUGGCCAAGGACCACGAGCGGGCCCGCGAGCUGGAGAAAGUGCAGCGCUACCACAUGCCCGAGGACGUGCAGGAGGAGCCGACUAAACGCUACACGGAGGUGGACGCGCGCGAGCGGGUGCCCAACUCCGAGCAGAAGAAGUGGGAGGAGGAGAAGCUGCAGACGGCACAGUACCGGUUCGGCGCGCGCGACGCCAAGCCCAAGGAGGAGACCAAGUACGAACUGGUGCUGGAGGAUACGGUGGAGUUUGUGCAGGCGAUGAAGAUGCCCGGUACGCUGAAGAGCUCCAGCUCGGAGGAGGAGGACGACAGCGACGGCGACGGCCGACGCAAGAAGAAGAAGAAGAAGAAAGUCAAGGUGAAGUCGCAGCUGGAUGUGGACGCGGAGCGCCAGCUGUCGGCGCGCGAGAAGAAGAUGAAAGAGAUUGAGGAGUGCCAGCGCAGCCUGCCCGUCUUCCCGUUCCGGGACGACCUGAUCCAGGCGAUCCGCGACCACCAGGUGCUGAUCAUCGAGGGCGAGACGGGCAGUGGCAAGACGACCCAGAUUCCGCAGUACCUCUACCACGCCGGCUUCUGCGACAACAACAUGAAGAUCGGCUGCACACAGCCGCGCCGCGUGGCCGCCAUGUCUGUCGCCUCGCGCGUAGCCGAGGAGCUGGGCGUCAAGCUGGGCAACGAGGUCGGCUACAGCAUCCGCUUCGAGGACUGCACGUCCGAGCGGACGCGGCUGAAGUACAUGACGGAUGGCAUGCUGUUGCGAGAAUUCCUCUCGGAGCCCGACCUGGCCUCCUACAGCGUCAUGAUCAUCGACGAGGCGCACGAGCGCACGCUGCACACGGACGUGCUGUUCGGCCUGAUGAAGGACAUCGCGCGCUUCCGCAAGGACCUCAAGCUGCUCAUCUCGUCGGCCACACUCGACGCCGAGAAGUUCGCCGAGUUCUUUGACGAUGCGCCGGUAUUCCGCAUUCCCGGCCGGCGGUACCCGGUGGACAUCUACUACACGAAGGCGCCCGAGGCGGACUACAUCGACGCCUGCGUGGUGACCGUGUUGCAGAUCCACGUCACGCAGCCGUUGGGCGACGUGCUCGUCUUCCUCACCGGUCAGGAGGAGAUCGAGACAUGCCAGGAGCUGCUGCUCGAGCGCACGCGCCGGCUCGGCUCCAAGAUCAAGGAGAUGAUCGUGCUGCCCAUCUACGCCAACCUGCCGUCCGAGAUGCAGGCCAAGAUCUUCGAGCCGACGCCGCCGGGCGCGCGCAAGGUCAUCCUGGCCACGAACAUAGCCGAAACGUCACUCACCAUCGAUGGCAUCAUCUACGUCAUCGACCCGGGCUUCUCCAAGCAGAACAGCUACAACGCCCGCACCGGCAUGGAGUCGCUGAUCGUGACGCCCGUCUCGAAGGCGUCGGCCAACCAGCGAGCCGGCCGCGCCGGUCGCGUCGCCGCCGGCAAGUGCUUCCGCCUCUACACGGCCUGGUCGUUCCGCAGCGAGCUGGAGGACAACGCCAUCCCCGAGAUUCAGCGCGUCAACCUGGGCAACGUGGUGCUUCUGCUCAAGUCGCUGGGCAUCGACGACCUGCUGAGCUUCGACUUCCUGGACCGGCCGCCGCAGGAGACGCUGAUGCUGGCGCUGGAGCAGCUGUACGCGCUGGGGGCGCUAAACCACCGCGGCGAGCUGACCACGCUCGGCCGGCGCAUGUCCGAGCUGCCUGUCGACCCGCAGCUCUCCAAGAUGAUCAUCGCGUCCGAGCGCUACAAGUGCUCGGAGGAGAUCGUCACCAUCGCCGCCAUGCUCUCCGUCAACAGCUCCGUCUUCUACCGACCGAAGGACAAGGCCGUGCACGCCGACACGGCGCGCAAGAACUUCUUCGUGCCGGGCGGCGACCACCUGGUGCUGCUUAACGUGUACGAGCAGUGGGCGGAGACCGACUUCAGCACGCAGUGGUGUUACGAGAACUUCAUCCAGUACAGGUCGAUGAAACGCGCGCGCGACGUACGGGACCAGCUGGCCAGCAUGAUGGAGCGGAUCGAGGUGCCGCUGGUGGCGGCCAGCAAGGAGGACAACACCGGUGUCCGCAAGGCCAUUACGGCCGGCUUCUUCUACCACACGGCGCGGCUCACCAAGAGCGGCGGCUACCAGACGGUCAAGCAGAGUCAGACGGUGCACAUCCAUCCCAACUCGUGCCUCUUCGAGGAACUGCCGCGCUGGGUCAUCUACUUUGAGCUGGUCUUCACCACGAAGGAGUUCAUGCGGCAGAUUGUGGAGAUCGAGAGCGCCUGGCUGCUGGAGGUGGCACCGCACUACUACAAGGGCAAAGAGCUGGAGGACUCCACUAACAAGAAAAUGCCUAAGGGCAAGGGUAAGUCGAGGUCUGAGCUGGAGAGAUAGCGCGCGUGUGUGUGUGUGGGGGGGGGGGGGGGCGUGUGUCAAUGUCCGUUUUCCAUCACCGUUGCAUCCUGUGAUCGGUUGUUGAUCGUACGCCUCAUUCAUCGUAACGAGAAUAUAUGCAGCAAAUGUGUGGCUUUUUGCACUCCAGCGAACCUGAAAAGGUGUGGAUUUGUCUUUGACAGUGACCGGAUUUGACAUGAAACGGUGUAAUUCAAGUAUUAUUUUCAGUUGUUUCCACCCUUACUUUCAUUGUAGCUUUCAAUUGCUGUGUUUUCAACCCAGUGAGCCCCGCCGCUCCUGAGGCGUCUUCAUUCGGCUAUUUCCCCUCCCCCCUUGUUUGAACUCGGGAGAUAUUGUCCCUUCAACUGUGCGCUGGAGGCUAUGGAAAUGCUGGCUGAGUGGGAUAGGAGCCUGUGCGCAGGGCGUCG